AUGCGGGAUAAGGCAGCCGAGAAGAACGUCGACCUAUUGCUUAUUGAUACUGGGGAUUUACAUGAUGGCAAUGGUCUCAGUGAUUCAACAAAACCGAAUGGAGAGAUCACGAAUCCUAUCUUCCAAAACAUCGACUACGAUAUUCUCACUCCUGGAAAUCAUGAGCUCAUUGCGUUUGAUGUUGCAUACGAAACAUUCUCCAAAUUCGCCAAAGUCUAUGGCGAAAGGUAUCUUACCAGCAAUCUCGAUAUCUGCGACAAUUGCCAAGAUAGCGAUCCAGCACAGAAGCAAUGGGUUUCUAUGGGUAACAGAUUCCGGCAUUUCACCACCAAGCAAGGAAUUCGAAUCAUGUCAUUUGGUGUAAUCUUGGAUGGAACGAACAACAACAAGAGCAUGACAAGAAUUCAACCGGCAGCUGAAAUGAUCCAAGAAGACUGGUUCAAAAACGCAGUGAAUAACCCGGAUAUCGAUUUGUUUGUACUGAUUGGGCACAACCCAGUCAAGCCCGGAAUCCCCAAGGCUGAAAGCAGCUUCCCUCUCAUCAUGCAAACUCUUCGGGAAAUGCGACCAGAAAUUCCCGUUCAGGGAUUUGGAGGUCACACACAUCGUCGGGACUUUCACAUUUACGACAAGAUGUCUUCAGCCAUAGAAUCCGGCAAAUAUUGCGAUACUGUGGGCUGGAUUUCUCUGGAUGGUAUCAAGUCGAAGUCCAUUCAGAGCCGAGUAACCAAGCCCAAUAUCGAAUCUACAACCGGUGACGAAGAAAGACCCAUUGAUUCUGCCGACACGUCAUGCCCCAAAAACCAGACCUUUGAUAUGGACUUGACACGCCGAUAUCUGGAUUGGAAUCGGCUUACAUUUUCCUAUCAUGCGACAGGAUCUCAAGACCAGUUCAGCACUGCUAGCGGAGUUCAGGUGACUCAAGAUAUUGACGAUGGUCGCAAGAGUAUGAACCUCACUCAUGUGUAUGGCUGCGCGCCUCGAACAUACUGCAUAUCUUGCAAGCCCUUCGGCGAUGAAGGCAAUGUCUACACUUUAGUUCAAAAGGCAGCAGCAGCAACUGUGGUCGAUCCCGAUCGUGCCCAAAAUUCAAGAAUGAUUAUUGUGAAUCAAGGCGCCAUUAGGUACGACUUGGUUAAGGGUCCUUUCACUGUGGAUGAUUCCUACAUCGUCUGCCCAUAUACGAGUACCUUCAAUUACAUCCCCGAUGUACCUUACUCUAUGGCUUCAAAGGUCCUUGACUACAUCAACAAUCAGAAAGCUAAGUCUAAACGAUCGAUGGCGGUGGAUACUAUCUCAAGCCAGCUUCUGGGCUAUGAUGAAUGCGAUAACCCAUCGCCUCACAACGCGACCGGGCUUCUAAAGCCAAAAAGACUCUUUGGUCGUAUUCUUGAAACCGACACCUUGACUCCCGGAUAUGUGACAUGCGAUGACCUUGGAAGUGAUGGCGAUGACACUCCUCAUUCAUCAAUUCCAGAAUACACCCAGCCAGCCCAUGUCCAAGCUACUGCUGGGUUUCCAUCAGAUGGUGAACCGGACAAGGUUGACAUGAUAUUUUCGGACUUCCUCGCCGGAAGAAUUGUGACAGCUUUGAAUUCCUAUAACCCGGUAACAAACUACUCUACGAAUGAUGCUCGCCUUUAUCUUCCCGAAAACUUCACGACAAAUUCCUUUAUUCCACGCUAUGCCACCAUGGCCUGGCAAGACAACAUUAAUAACUGCAAGAUUGAUGAGUGA